CAGCUUCUACGUCAGCCCUGACCCCUCCACUCUUACCCAGCCAGCCAAUCAGCUUCCGCCUCACCUGACCCAGUCGCUGCGUUGACGUAACCGGCCACAUCUACCGGAGAGAACGGAGACUCGGAGACCUGACCGGAAUCAGAAUGGAAUUGAGGUUGUAUGCUGUGCUCUGAGGCCAUACUGUGCGUUGUGACGCCCGCCUCUUGGCAGAGUUCCUGGGACAGUCCGAAUCUGCUUCAUCUCUGAUUUCCGAUACUCUCAGUGGAGGGCGGGGGAAGCAGCCAUGUUCACCAAGCUUAAGAAGAAGAUUGCGGAAGAAGCGGGCAUAACCCCUCGGCCUGGUGGUGCUACACGUAUCCCUCGCUCAAUCAGCAAAGAGUCAAUCACGUCUGCAGGAGCUGAUUCAGGAGAUGACUUUGCAUCGGACGGCAGCAGCUCCCGUGAUGAUAUAUCUUCUCAGAUCUCCCGAAGGAAUGAGCAGAUCCGCAGGUUGGAAGCCAAGUUAUCAGAUUACGCAGAGCAGGUCCGAAACCUACAGAAGAUGAAAGAAAAGCUUGAGCUUGCUUUAGAGAAACACCAGGAUUCAUCAAUGAGGAAGUUUCAAGAGCAGAAUGAGAUGUAUCAAGCCAACCGAGCCAAGAUGGCAGAAGAGUUGGAGCUGGCACUUGAAAAGAAAGAUCAGGAAUGGAUUGUAAAGCUUGCAAAUCUUGAAGAGGAAAAGCGAAAACUAUCCCAUCAGGUGGAAGAAAUGAAGAAACAGAAUCUCUCUUUGUUCCAAAAAAGAGAAGAUCUGGAUGAGCUGGAAGUGUUUCAGCAUCAAGAAAUGGCAAAAGUCAAACACAUGCUGUUAAAGAAAGAAGAGUUGCUCAGCAAAACAGAGCAAGACUUGGCAGUACAAAGGACAGAGGCAGAGGCUUCCAGAGCGGAGCUUCAGGACACCCAAAAGUUGGCAGCUAAGCUAAAGAAGGAUCUUCGGCAACUGCAAGAGGAAAACUCCAAGCUGACUCAGCAGACGACAGAAUUGUCAGCAGCUCAAGAAGGAGCAGAGAUAAAGAUUACGGAGCUGGAACAGCGGCAACAGGAACUUCAGGAUUUCAUUCAGCAGCUCUCAAUAGACUUGCAGAAGAGCCAAUCUGCAGCCUCCAGUAGUGAGAAGAGACUGCUAGAGAUCCAGGAAGACUACGAAGCUCUAAAGCUGCAGCAUCAACAACUUAAAUCUAAGAUGGCUGCAGAAGUUAAAGAAAAGGAUGUCUUGAUUGUUCGUUUGCAAGAAAAAGUCAGCUCGCUGGAGAAAACGCUUGAGAGUAGUUUCUCUGGAGAGGAAGGCUUGCAGGGGAUGCUUAAGGAGAAAGAUGCCCUGGAGAUGAAGCUGGAUGAGACCAGACAGCAGCUGCUGGAGGCCAGGACUUUGCAUUUGGACACAGUCACGCAGAUGGAGUCCCAGACGGUAAAACUAAACAGCCAGCUACUAGAGACACAGGAUUUGCUACAACAGAAAGAAACUGCAUUGACCCAGUUCAAAGAUGAAAGCUCCUUACAGCUGAAGGACCUGGAGCAUACGUUGCAAGAAGUCAGCAAGAGGCUACAAGUUGAAGAGGAGAAGCUUAAGGAAAAAGAGGAAGAAAUCAGUUCAUGUCAAUCCGAGCUGAAGUCAGAGACUGAUAAACUGACACAGCAACUACACAUCGUGAGACAGCAGUGUGCGGAGAAGAUCGAGAGACUGGAAGCCCAAAUCUCGGCUCUAGAAAGUGCCAGAGAUUUUGAUAGGACGUCCACGCAACAUAGUAUUAGUGAACUGGAACAAGAAAAUGAGUCUCUAAAGGAAAAGAACCAAGGCCUAGAAUCUGCCCUGACGAUGCAUGAAGCUGAUCAGGAGAAGUUAAAGGAAGAAUUGAGCAGCAGGGAGACUGUGAGUGUGGAAAUCGCUAAAGCCCUUGAGGAAAUGCGAAAGCAGAAGGAAGAGCUCCAGCAGCAAGUGACAGAUUUGAUGGCUGUAAUUGGGGUGAACUCCCAGGAUAUCUCCCUGAAGAAUGAGGAGCUGACGAGAAAGGCUGAAGAGGCCGCCAUGCUGAAGGGAGAUUAUGAUGUUAUCGUAUUACGAAUGCAGCAGUUACAGUCAGAACUUGAAACGUACAAAGCCAAAGUAACCCAGAGUGCAGAGACUGCUGAGAAGCACGCCAGUGCUGUCCGAGAGCAGCUACAGGAGCAGAAGGAUGCCCUGCUGGCACGAGAGUCACAGGUAUCCUCACUGCAGGAAGAGGUCUCAACUCUGCAUGAACGUCUGCAUGGUACCACCACUCAGGAACCUAACGGAGAUGUGACCGUGGGUGACAUUGUACAGCUACAGAAGGAGAACCGAGAGAUGGAGCAACAGAUUGCUGAAAAAAAUAAGACUAUAAAACAGCUACAGCAGAGGAUGGCAGAGCUGAAGAAGACUUUGCAGAAAGAGCUGAGGCUUAAACCAGAUGCAGAGGAGAAGUUGAACCCUGACCCACCAGCACCUCCUCUCACAGUGACCAAUAACGCAGACCUCAAUGACUUACGGGAGAUAAACUUUGAGUACUUAAAGCACGUUGUGUUGAAGUUCAUGUCAGCCCGGGAAGCAGAGGCUUUUCAUCUUAUCAAAGCUGUGUCAGUAUUGCUCAACUUCUCAGUGGAAGAAGAAAAUCUACUUAAAGAGACUUUAGAAUAUAAGAUGUCCUGGUUUGGUUCUAAGCCAGCUCCAAAGGGUACAGUUCGUCCAUCCAUCUCAAAGCCGAGGACACCCUGGUCUUAAACGGACGAGAAUGUAGAAAAAGAACUCUUUUAUGACUGCACUUUCUAUGAAAAAAAAGAACAUUAACCGCUGGAAGGUCUUGAUGUGUUCUAACCACUUUCCCUACUGUGUGUUCUAUGAGCUUUUCCAAACCUGUUUACAAUCCGGGUAUCUCGGUGGUGACUUGGUUUGAGUGGAUGACCAGCCCAGAGACACGACAACCUCAAGCAUCUGUACAUAUGAUCCUAUGCAAUGAAAGACUCCUGUACUGUCCCUAUACUGCAUAUGAAAUGCAUUCAGGUAGAGCAUUUUGACUCUAAUAUGAAACCAUUAUCAGAUCAAUUCCCAGUGUUCCUGAGUUUCUGUCUUGCGACACUUGGCCAGCACUCACGUGGUACCACAAAGCCUCGGAAGAAUUUAUUUCAGCAUCUUGCUUCAACUUUUUGAAUACACUUCCAAGGGCUUGUGAUAGAACAGGUUAGAUCCCGUUCCCAGGACAGCAUAUUACAAGCUGAUAUACGGUACAGCAUAAGCUAAGCAGCGUUAUUCCAAGUACAAUAAAGGGGGUGAUUAUUGCUAUGUCAAGUUUCCAUAUUAUAUUUAAAUAGAAAAGAAGAAUUCACUUUUUGUUAAUGAACAUGCACACUAUAGGAUGCCUGCCAUUGAAUUGCGGUUAUUAACCUUGCAUUCCCUAUUCCACUUCAUUGGUGACCAUUAGCUAUAGUUGUAGCCACUGAGACAUGCUUAUCUGUGACAAAAAUAAUCUCAUUGUUAAGCUUAUUAAUCAUUUAAAUAUUAGGUUUAAUGAUGUCUGUUAGUAUAGUGGAAAAAGCGGGGGAAAUUUUGGUUGUGAUUUGAAGACCGAGCUACAAACUGGAACCUCAAUUUCGGCCCAAAAUAUGGUCACUCUCUAGCAGAGACCUCUCGGGAUAUAUUAUACUAAACAUAUCAGUCACAAUUAAUAACUCAUGGGCCAUGUGGCACAUAAUAAUGCAGGUGUUUGUAAUCAGUGUUAUUAAACAUUUUUGGUGUCACUGUA